AUGGCUAUUACUGUAGCAUCUUCACAGUCUGAAAUUUUGAAUACGACAAACAAGCCUCGAUCAAUUUUAAAACAAAAAAUAGAGGCAAAAAUAUCGCAGAAAUUAAAUGGUAAUCACAACUCUUCAUCUGAUUCACAUAUUCUUGUGUUAGAAAAUUGUACAAGAAUUCUUUGUGUAGCAGAUAUAAGGGGGAAUAUAUCUUUUUUGAAUGAACUUUCUAAAAAAGUUAAUGCUCAAUAUAUUAUUCAUACGGGUGAUUUUGGAUUUCACGAUAAUAGUAGUCUAGAUAGAAUGAGCGAACGGACAUUAAGACAUAUUGUUCAAUAUUCGCCUUUAAUUAAGCCUUAUUAUCGUUCCAAAUUCACUACAAACAAUUCUAUUGAAUCUAUUCGUAAUACUAUUUCUCGUUCUGAACUUAUUAUUUCCGAAUUAUCAUUAUUUUUAUCAGGAGUAAAAGAGCUUUUAGUUCCAGUGUAUACUAUUUGGGGGUCGUGUGAAGAUGUACAUGUACUUGAAAAGUUUCGUAGUGGUGAAUAUAUGAUAAAGAAUUUACAUAUUAUUGAUGAACAUUCCUCAAAAUGUCUUAAUGUAGGAGAUAUUAAACUGAGACUAUUUGGUCUAGGUGGUGCAAUAAUAAUGCACAAGUUAUUUGAUAAUGGCGAAGGUAGAACAACAAUAGCGGGUGGACAAGGAACAAUGUGGUCUACAGUGCUGCAAAUGGGAGAACUUUUACAUACUGCUGAUAGAGUAUGGGAUAGUUCUGAAGUUAGGAUUUUUGUAACACACCAUUCUCCUGGUAGAGAAGGACUACUUAAGCAAAUAUCACUUGCUCUUAAGGCAGAUUUUACUAUUUCUGCUGGUCUACAUUUUCGUUAUGGUUCCAGUUAUAAUGAUUUUAGCGUAACACCAUCAACAGCGCAUUAUCUUCAGAAGCUAGCAACAUCUAGAGCACAAUUUAUGGAUGUUUGGGAAACUGUAAAAGAUGAAGUAGAGUUACUUGUAAAAGAUAUUCAAAAGGAUCAUUUGUAUUCUGUAAUCAAUCUUGUAGAAUCUAUGCCUCAAGAAGAUAUGUUAAAAAAUGAAACAUCCUUUCAAAAUGGAGAAAAAGUUGAUUCAGCAUUUAAAAAUACAUGGAAUUUUAAUCUUCCUGAUGCUACAUAUGGGUGGGUAACUUUAUCUAUUUCUGAGGGUCGUAUAAGUGCAGAAACAAGAGCCCAAGGAUUUAAUUUUUCGUAUCGGAAAAACAUCUUACAAGCCAAUAUGACUGAACAGACUUCUUGCCAACCUAUGCAAAUACAUGAUCAAUCUACUACUACACAUACUCAACAACUUAAUACUGGUUCAGUUCAAGAAGAGCUUAAAGAGCCUUCAACAUCACGAAUCAAAAAGCCAACGCAUUCAUCGCCUCAUGUUGAUCCUCCAUCUACAAAUUCAACGUCUUUAAACUCUCGCAAUACACAAAAAAAUACAAAUGUAGUAUCAGAAACAUCAAAAAUAUCAGAAAAUCGGAAUAAAAAAGAAAGUAUAGAUAAAGAAUUAGAUAAAUCUCAACUUUCUAAACAUGCUUUAUUUAUUUCUCCUUGUUCAACUAAAGAAGAAGCAUAUUCUAUCUUUAGUGGAGAUGUGGUAAAUUCCAUUAUAAAUAUAUCUAUUCGAAGUUCUAAAGGAAACUCGUCAUUUAAAUAUGCUUUUGUAUUUUUUGCUUCAAAAGAUAACAUGAACGCAGCAAAAAAAAAAACAAUUUCUAAGCCUGGUCUAAAGAUAACUGAAGCAGAUUUAAGCAACAAUUUCAAAUCCUCAAGAAAUAAUCAAGGACUAGCAUCUAAUUUCCAAAAAAGCACUAUUUCAGAAACAGAUAGCGUUGGUCGUGGAAUACAUAGACGUAGUUCUCGUUCAAGAUUAAAAUCUUCUCGAGGACGUAAUAAUACCUUGAAGGAUUCUGCAAGCAGUAAAAUUGAGCAAACUAAAGAUCAAAUUAAGGAUCAAACUAAUGAAAAAAAUAAUCAAAUGAAAUCUAUGCAUAAAGACUUAGAUAAAAAUAAAGAAAUUAAAGAAAUAUAA